AUGGAUCUCAUGCAGGCACCUAAACUUGUCCCCAUCACCGCUGUUCCAGGCCUGUUCAUAUCCGAUCGCUUGGGCGCGUUUUGCGCCCGAAAUAUCGAACUGCACAGCAUCGUUCGCAUUCUCUCCGUAUUACAGCCCCGUGAGACAUGUCGACCACGAACUCGUCUCGACGCUGGCGCCUCUGUGGAAGCCGAAAAUAAACCAGAAUCUGCUGGUCCCGAAGUCAAGACCAUCGACAUCGAUGACGAUCCUCUCGUCGAUAUCCUCCAGUAUCUGGGGGAAGCCUGCGACUGGAUUGAAGCAGGCUUGAAUCAAGGUAGUGGCGGCGAAGAAGGAUCAAAUUGGCCCCAGCAGGGCGUUCUGGUCCACUGCAAGCAGGGCAUCUCGCGCUCAGGGGCAUUUGUUGUGGCAUUUUUGAUGCGGAAAUUCAACCUUUCAUACUCCGCUGCCCUGACGCUGGCACGAGAGACCCUACCAGCAAUCUGUCCAAACACCGGCUUUGAAAAACAGCUUCGCCUGUGGGAGUUCUGUCAGUACAACGUCUACUUUGACGGCGGUGAUGAGCAGCAGAUCGUUCGUCGACGCGAGAAACCGUCCUACAAGGCUUGGAUCGCCGAGCGGGACAACCUGCUGAAAAGGGGCGAGGAGGACGUCAAUCGAGCAAGGUUUUCGAGUCUGGCGAGCAUGGCGGCGAGGUUUGGGCGGAAGAGGCAGGAGGAUGUUGAAGAUGUCGGGGGCGACCAAUCGAGAAGUUCGAGUGAGGGCCAAGGAGCAAAGAGUUUAGAACAGAAGAUGCGGAAGGAAAACUGGGAGAGGGUGCAGAAGAUGGAACAGGAUUGGAAUGACAGGAUGAUUCGUGGUCAGUUCUAUUCUAAAGACAGGGACACUCAGGAUCCCAAAGAAGAAUGA